UUUAUAUAAUAUUUAUUUAAUCGUAAUAAUUAUUAAUUAUAUUAAAUUAAAUUAUAUUAUAGCUACAUCAUAAUUACUUUUAAUUACGAUUUGUACGUACAAAUAUGAAUGAAAUAUUUAAUAAAAUUGAUUUAGUUAAAAAUGAUUGUGGUUUACGUUUAAUUCAGUGUGAAAGUAUCGAGUUUGACACAAUUAAAUGUAACUAUUAUUUUAAAACUUUAGUUGAAGGUUCACUUUCUCAAUUUAUAAAAUCAAUUCAAGUUUUUCUUACAUCUUCAAAUCAUCAUAAUAUUUAUGUAUUGUAUGUAUGUUUAAGUCAAAUAAAAAAAUGUCUUCUUAUUUAUGAAUCAACUCUUAAAGGAAUAAACACAGUAUUUUUUAAGAAGUCUGUAUACAUAUAUACAAUAAAGCGUAUUCAGAAAUGUUUUUUCAAAAUAGAAGAUUAUUUUGAAAGAAUAGAUAUAAGCGAUAAUGAUAAUGAUGAAACACCUGGAAUAUUUACUAAACGAAUAAAUACAGUAUUGAAUUAUUUGAGCAAAAAACAAGAUAUCAACGUCAUUAAACCCAUUAUUAAUAAAAUAUUGUUUCAAGCAAUUACUAUAGCCAAAGUAUCUGAAGAAAUGCAUAACUUAGAUAUAAUAUCAUCAUCUAAACAGGUUAUAAAAGAAAUAGAAGAAUUAAGUAGAGAUAGUAAUCUUGGUGAAAAUGAUUACUCUUUUAAGUUUGAUUACCUAUCUUCUUUGAUAUCAAUUCUUGAAAGGCGCAUAAACUCUUCAAUUUUACAUCUUGUUUAUAAGGUGUUUUGUGAUCCAUUUUUUACAAUAAAACAGCUUAUUAAAAAAUGUGGUGAAGAUUCAAAUAUUCAGUACAAAAAAUGUGAUGAUCUUUCAAUAAUGGUACAAGAAUUAGAUAAUUAUACUGAUAUUUUAAUUCAAAUUGGAAUAUAUGCUAUUUCCUCUUAUACAGACAUUGAAGAUAUUAUUGCAUUAAAAUGUUGUAUAUCAAGUUUAGAAUUAUUGGAUAGUGAUAUGGUACCUGCCAUUGUUGGAUUUUAUUUAGAUCCAACAUCAAGUGAAAAAAAAUCUUUUGUAAAACUGCUUAUAAAUCAUUGGAUUACUGAAAUUAUUCAUUUGCAAAAGUUAUUUUAUAAAAUAAUUGAUCCAAUUACCUAUACACAAACCCGCGUGAAGAUGUUGCUUACUAUAAAUUCAUUUUUGUCAAAGACUGUAUUAGAAACUUCAUUGGUUGUUAUCAAUAAUAUUCGUCAUAAUAAUUCAAAUAACUAUAUAGUUUUAUUUACUAGCUUUUUAAAUGAUAUUCAAAGUUUUUCUAAAUAUUUGAAUGAAACAUUUAAAAGUAAAUCAAUGAAGGAAAAUGAAUUUUUUACAACUUUGAUACAACUAGAUUCAGCAUUAAAAGAAUGCAAUGCAUGUUUGAUUUGCACAAAAAAUGAUAUUUGUAAAAAAAAUACAAAUACCAUAGAUAAAAUGCUUAAAAGAUGUGAUUAUAUCAUAAAAAAAUUGAAAUAUGUUCAAUCUUCAUUAAUUAAGUGGAUCAUGAAUAAUAGUGCUACAGCAUCAAACAUAACAUACAUUUUAUCAAAAACAGCACAACCUAUUAAUAAUGUGCAGUAUAAUGUUUGUGACAGUAACAAUGAUGCUUUAGAAUAUCUACUAUCUACAAACGAAUUUCAUUCAUCAUUUUAUAAAUUAUCAGAGAUAAAAUCCAUAAAAACUAAUUGUAAACAGAUAAACUAUUUAAAUUAUAUGAAUGAUGAUACUAACAUGGGAAAUACUGUAAUGGAUCUUACAAGCAUUUUAGAUAACUUAAUUGAAACAUUUAAUCCUGAUGAUAAUGAUCAUAUCAUCGAAAAUAUAUGGAGCACAUGAUAUAUAUAUAUAUUUUUAUACAUAUAACUUAAGUUAUUUUUUAAUUAAUUUUAAAACAAGUGUAACAUUAAGUAUAAUUUAAAUUUGUUUCAUUAUUAAAAUUAAUAAUUAAAAACUAAUGGAAAGCAAGUUGACAACAUUAUGAUGGCAUCAGUUUCAGUAUUAUUUUUCAUACAUCCUAAAAGCUUGUUGCAAAUAUCUAUAAACUGUUUUUUAAAAAUAAAUACAAUAAUAAAAGAUAAUUGCGGAGCUAUAAUAACACUUUUU